AUGGGGGAAAACGAUGAUGAAAAAUACAGUCAAGCUGGCCAGAUAUUUGAAAACUUUGUACAAGCGUCAACAUGCAAAGGUACCAUUCAGGCCUUUAAUAUUCUCACUCGCCAACUUGAAUUAGAUCCUUUGGACAAUAGAAACUUUUACACCAAACUGAAGUCAAGAGUGACAACAUGGAAGGCCAAAGCUUUGUGGAACAAGCUUGAUAAAAGAGCAAGUCACAAAGAGUAUAAACGUGGAAAAUCUUGUAUGAACACUAAGUGUUUAAUUAUUGGAGGUGGCCCAUGUGGCUUGCGGACUGCCAUAGAACUUGCCUUCCUCGGCGCCAAAGUCGUUGUUGUGGAGAAGCGGGAUACUUUUUCAAGAAACAAUGUGUUGCAUCUCUGGCCAUUUACAAUCCAUGACCUCCGGGGACUGGGAGCAAAGAAAUUUUAUGGAAAAUUCUGUGCAGGAUCUAUUGAUCACAUCAGUAUUCGACAACUUCAACUUAUCCUCUUCAAAGUUGCACUUAUACUAGGAGUUGAAAUCCAUGUGAAUCUAGAAUUCGUGAAAGUCCUGGAACCUCCUGAAGAUCAGGAAAACCAAAAGAUAGGUUGGAGGGCUGAAUUUCUCCCCGUGGAUCACCCUUUGUCAGAGUAUGAAUUUGAUGUUAUUAUUGGUGCAGAUGGCCGCAGAAACACAUUAGAAGGUUUCAGGAGGAAGGAGUUUCGUGGAAAGCUGGCUAUAGCUAUCACUGCCAAUUUUAUAAACAGAAAUACAACUGCAGAAGCCAAGGUAGAAGAAAUUAGUGGUGUUGCUUUCAUCUUCAAUCAGAAGUUCUUCCAGGACCUUAAAGAGGAAACGGGAAUUGACCUGGAGAAUAUUGUUUACUAUAAAGAUAGCACUCAUUAUUUUGUGAUGACAGCAAAAAAGCAGAGUCUUCUGGACAAAGGAGUGAUUAUUAAUGACUAUAUUGACACUGAGUUGCUCCUCUGUGGGGAAAAUGUGAACCAGAGCAAUUUGCUGUCCUAUGCCAGAGAAGCUGCUGACUUUGCAACCAAUUACCAGCUGCCUUCCUUGGAUUUUGCAAUUAAUCACUAUGGGCAACCAGAUGUAGCAAUGUUUGAUUUUACUUCCAUGUACGCAUCUGAAAACGCUGCACUAGUGAGAGAGAGGCACAGACAUCAGCUCCUCGUGGCGCUUGUUGGAGACAGUUUGCUUGAGCCCUUCUGGCCAAUGGGUACUGGCUGUGCAAGAGGUUUCUUAGCUGCUUUUGAUACUGCAUGGAUGGUGCGGAGCUGGGCUCAAGGAAAACCCCCGUUAGAAAUUCUUGCUGAACGAGAGAGCAUUUAUCGACUCUUGCCUCAGACUACCCCUGAAAAUAUUAACAAGAACUUUGACCAGUAUACCAUUGACCCAGGAACAAGAUACCCGAACUUGAACUCAAGCUGUGUUCGACCUCACCAGGUGAGACAAUUAUAUGUUACCAAUGAGUUACAACAGUGUCCUCUUGAAAGAGUAAGCUCCAUUAGAAGAUCAGUGAAUCUCUCAAGACAUGAGUCAGAUAUUCGACCUAACAAGCUUUUGACCUGGUGUCAGAAACAGACAGAAGGGUACCGUAAUGUUAACGUCACAGACCUGACUACCUCCUGGAAAAGUGGCCUUGCAUUGUGUGCAAUUAUCCAUCGCUUCAGACCUGACCUCAUUGACUUUGAUGCCCUGAACGAAGAGGACGUUGUCAAAAACAACCAGCUGGCAUUUGAUGUUGCUGAGCAGGAGUUUGGGAUCCCCCCUGUGACCACGGGGAAGGAGGUGGGGUCGGCCGGGGAGCCCGACAAGCUCAGCAUGGUCAUGUACCUCUCCAAGUUUUACGAACUGUUCAGGGGCACACCUCUGCGGGCAGUAGAUGCUGGCGACAAGCAAAAUGGAGAAAAUAAUGAUCUUUGUUCAGCAAAAUCAUCAAACUUCAUCUUUAAUAAUUAUAUCAAUUUAACUUUACCAAGAAAACGAGUACCAAAGGUUGAAGGGAAAACAGAAGAAAAUGAGACUAACAAAAGACGUCGAAAGGGUCUUUUUGGUGUCUUUGAUGAGGCCUCAGGCUUUUCAAGCCAAGGGACAAAUGCUGGUAAAGAACAGAGUGAUGGCAGAGAAGGAAUGAACCAGAACAAAGUUAAAUCAAUGGCAACUCAACUGCUGGCAAAGUUUGAAGAGAAUGCUCCAAAUACAAUUUUUCGGAGGCAGGAGCUAAUAGAUAGACCAGCCCUGCUCUCUUCUGACCCUCCUGUUAAUCCUCGCUUUGCUAAACCUAAGGAUUCAAGUCUUCUUCCACCUCAACCAAAAAGGCAGUUUCAGGUGGUAGCUAGGAGUGAACACGAGGUCAGGGAACCCAAACAGUCUUUAAGUGGUUCUGAUCAUAUGGCCAGGAGAGCAAAGACUGUACAAAAAAAAGAUACCCAGCCCAGUCUGUCAGAAACCUCUGAAAAUCUCGCAUCUGCCUGUUCUGCGGCAUUUGUACUUUCUGGAGUGCUUGAGCGUCUUCAGCACCUGGAGGAAAAAAUGAAACAGAAAAGAGCUCAGACCAUAGCGAAUAGGGAAUUCCAUAAAAAGAACAUUAAAGAGAAGGCAGCACAUCUUGCCUCAAUGUUUGGAUACAUGGAGUUUCCAAAGAAUAAGCUACCUACUAAAGGCUUAUCCCAUUCUCAGCCCCCAACUCCCUCUUGCCCUCCACCUCAUGAUUCAGCUGCUGCCUCUUCUCCAUCAUCUGUCGGUUCAGCUUCCCCUGCUGUUCCUUCUAGACAGAUUGCUCCAAUGGGUGGAGAACAGAAGUCAACCAACCUGAUGAAUUACAAGAUGACUGUAGGGAAGGUCUCACAUGCAAUUGGAGCUGUGGCUGAAGUUCUUGUCAAUCUGUAUGUGAAUGAUCACAGACCCAAGCCACAGCUUUCCCCCCUUGAACUGAAGCGGUCUCUGGACAGAGCUACAGGUUCUUGCCCCAUUCCUCACUCUCCAUCUGCCUCCACUGCUCAGAGCUGUCAGGUAUUGGGAAGCGAAGGAACUCUGCGAAAAGAAUUUCCUCAGUCUAUUGGGGGGAGUGACAUUUGUUAUUUCUGCAAAAAACGGGUAUAUGUUAUGGAGCGGCUGAGUGCAGAAGGCCACUUCUUUCAUAGGGAGUGCUUCAAGUGUGAAAUAUGUUCUACAACACUCCGUUUAGGAAUUUAUGCCUUUGAUGUUGAAGAAGGUAAAUUUUACUGUAAACCUCAUUUUACGCACUGCAAAAUCAGUACUAAACACAGAAAGAGAAGAGCAACACUACAGAUCCAGGGAAAGGAGGCAACAGAAGCAUGGAAGAAGGAGGAACCCAAACCCACAGAGACCACUGCAGAAAGCACUUUGUCUACUGCUAGCAGUCCAGAGGACAGGUCCCCAGUCCAAUUCAUCAUUCCAGUGCUGCACCCGCUCACUGGCUGA